GUUUCCUCGCGCGUUCCCGUCCCGCCCACUAGAUCGGACUCGAUUCGGUUGCCGGGGGGUUAGGCGAUGGGGUCGAGGCGGCAGAGGCGCGUCUCGUGGGCCGCCGCACCCAACCUCUGCAAGGUAAGGCUUUUUAUAUCCGAGGAUUCCCCAUCUCAAGCUGGAUUAAGACCACAAGACAAUCUCCAAGCAAAAGGCUCAUGUUUUAUGCAUGCAGCUGGAUCGAGUUCAGAUGAUUCCCUGCCUCCAGGCUUUGAGUCACCACAGCCAACCAAUGACCUUAAAAUUGACAUAUCUCAGAUUCCCCUUAUUAGGUGGAAAUUCCCGUCACAUAUAUUAUUAGACCCAGAUUGGCACGUUGCCUCUGGAGAAGAAAGCAAGGAGAUAGCUAUACAAAAUGAAAGAAUGUUUGGAGCUCUUGAGGCUAUGUAUCCACGUGCAUCGAACAUUCCUCCAAACCCCUUUGUUUCCCCUGAUGUGAAAGACUCUCGUUAUGAUGAUUCCCAAACCCUAUCGGUUCCUUUGAUCCCUGUUGAAGAUGAUGAUGCUUCAGAUCAGCCAGAAGCACCAUUGCUCGAUAUGCCAAACAAUCACCAUCAGUCAGGAGAGUAUGACCCUGAGAGAAUCAAUGUGCCACAAAUUUCACAUACUUUAAUUAGUGCUGCACAACAGCAGCACUAUGGAUCCAAUGGUGCAACAAGUUAUGAUCUCUCUGUGGAGCCUGAUGUGUUGGCUGCAGCCUCUGCUGCAUUCACUGCAAUAAUGCAAAGCAACCAAAAGGGAAAUAUGGUUGACCAAGAUCUACUUGUCAAAAUACUAAGUGAUCCUGCACAAGUUGAGAGGUUAACGCAAGAAUAUAACCAAAUUAGACAUCAACAAUCUAGAAGUAGUUCUGUUGUUGCCCCAGUGCCACCAGGUCCACCACCCCAAAAGACAGUGAGUGCUUCCGCCCCAUUUUCAGAUCACAUGACAACCUUCCAUAACACAAAUUGUACACUCCCUCCACCACGAAUGGCAGUGAGUGCUCCAGUGAGUGCUUCUGCCUCUUUUUCAGAUCAUAUGACAACCUUCCAGAACACAAAUUCUAUGCACCCCCCACCUCGAAUGGCCCUUCCACCACCAAUGGCUCCAGCGCCAAUGAUGAAUAGACCACCUCAAGGAUUUCCUCCGGUUGCCAUGAAUCGUCCACUAGGUUCAAGUCCCGCUAUGAAUUCCAUGAAUUUUCUACCAGGUUCUAGCCCGGCUAUGAAUUCCAUGAAUCUUCCCCCAGGUCCUACUCCGGCUAUGAAUUCCAUGAAUCUUGCACGAGGUCCUAGUCCGGCUAUGAAUGCCAUGAGUCUUCCACCAAGUUCAAAUUCAGCUAUGAAUGCCAUGAAUAUUCCCCCAGGAUCAAGUCCAGCUAUGAAUCUUCCACCAGGAUCAAGUCAGGCUAUGAACUUUUCAAGUGCCCCAGCAAGGGGCAUUCCUUACUACAAAACCCUGAUCCAUCAGCAUGGAGGGGAGAGGCAGGAGCCGCCUGAACAACAGCGAUUGCAGUAUGGAAUGUAUCACCAACCUGCUCCUCCGCAAACUGAUGCUAUGAACGGUGCUUCUAUGGUUAACAGAGAUACCAAAUUGAGGCCAAUGAAACUAUGUGCUUACUUUAAUGGUCCGAGGGGUUGUCGCAACGGAGCCAACUGCACUUUUCUACAUGACACGUCAGCCAGGCAGGAUGACUCAAAAGGCUCAAAAAGGAUUAAGUUAGACAGCAGAAUAGCUGGUCGAAAUUGAGCUGUUGGUAGCUGCUACUCAAGUUUUGACAGUUCUUUGGUUCAAUGUCUUUUCACAUGCAUGGUUCAGUAAAUAUUACGCCUGCCUGCCAGCUCACUGUUCGUUCGACUUGCAGUAGCCUUUGAGGAAAAGAUGCUCUGGAAGAAAGGGAAAUAUUCCAUGAUCGAUUGGAGCUCAGAUUUUUACUGAAUCAUAUACUCAGUUCUCUGUUGAAGCACUUUAACCGUGGCUACUUAAUUGCCACGUAAACAGUGGUCGUUCUUGUUUUAAUUAUUUGAAAACUUAAGCAGACAAACAAAAGCCAAAGAUUGAUAUACUUGCUUA